GCAAACAGUAUGAAUGGCGCGGGGAAUUUCAGAUUUACUUGUCAAAAAGAACUCCAAGUUGGAAAGUUAUUUAAAGCGAUUUCUUUCGGAGGAAACGUACGAACGGAUACGUGCGUACGAGUCGUGCAUAAUUUUUUCGGAGAAAGAGAAGAAAGCAUUCAAGUAUGUUGUUCUUGGAGAUGAGUGGAUCUACUUGACUGAGAAUCCACCCAAGACAAUCCAACAGACAGUGCAUCUGGGAGACGUGAUCGACGUAGAAUUGGUGAAUGAUGUAGCCGAAUUCUUCAGCAAAGAUGAGCGUAAGAACAUACUUCAUCUUCAGGUGACCUAUUUAACUACAGAACCCAUCAAAAAGCAAUGGCGUCGAUCUUUUCGGCGGGUUAGAUCCGAAUCGGUCAUAGAUGUGGUUGGGGGCUAUGAUCGAUCGAACGUAUCGACCCCGAUGGGGUACGCGGAGUCUGUGGACAGUUUCACCGAGGACACUGGGUACUACACGCAGAGUACAGCGAGCUCUCAACCCACUCGUCCCGACAGUGAGACAUCCAGUUUGUCAAACAAAGACUCUGCGCGGGGGAGCGUCGUCUCAAAGAAGAAGAAGAAGCUGAAUGACAGUCUGGAUCACGACAGCUACCUGCAGGCUCUGAAGGAGAUCGAAGAAGAUGACCAAGAAGACAAGAGUCUAAAAAAGAUCCUAUCCGUGCCUAAUUCACAUCCAGCUGCUGGUGACCACGUUCAUAGCCGGAAAAAGCCUCACGUUUCCAAGACAGCCGUUUCUCAGAAUCUUACAAAUAGUCUUACCCAGAACUCAAAACAGUCCACUCCAGCAGUACCUAAUGGUAAAGACUUAGCAGCUCAAGAUGUUCCCAAGAAGGGCGUUUCUCCAAUAGGGGAUGGGUCUGAUAGUGCAAAGAAAAGCACCAACUGCUGUUGGCCUAUAGUCCGAAAGCGGAGCAGCACUCAGGUGACCCAGGAUCCUAAGCAGAUGGAAACGAAGGAAUCGCCGAGGACAACGUCUGUAGACUUCACAGCAGUAAGCCAGGAACAGAGGCCCCUGGUGCCUCUCAUAGAAGUGGACUCCUUCAGGAGAUCUCACGGGUCGAUGGUUUCAUUCACAGACAGACCUUCCAGUCGUCUGUCGGCAGACAUUUUUUCAGUAAGAGGGUCUAUAUCUAAAUCCAGACCAUUGGAGAAUGAGAGGAACAGAAGUUCCCUGGGCUAUGCGACUAUGUCAGAUUUAGGGGACUCCAUUAACAACCUGAACAUGCUGUCUGCCAGUGGACGGAUGGAAAAGAGACCAACUCAGCUGCACAUCUACUUGCUCAAUCCAACCUCACCCAUGCACAUGCUUAUUAAAAGUGCCUGGAACAAUUUCCUCAUUCGCUCAACUCUGAUGCUCAACCCUGAGUUUAAACAGGCCUGCUUGUCUCCCUCCAUUCACGGAACUCAAACCCUCAGAGAAAAGGCUGAAUAUUUGUUUAAUCAGCUGAAGAGAGAAAUCCUGGAUCCCAGCAACACGAUGGAGGAGACUUUUGCCUCUCUCACUGAACUGAAGAAUGCAACCGAGAAGAACUUUGCUCUCAAAAAGUUGUUUUGGCGGAACUCUGACUUGUUUCUGACGAUGGUUCGUUUACUACAGCUAUAUCUUCCCAAGUCUCCCAUUAACAUAAACACAGAGCAGGGUCGUGACACUAGGAUUGAUGAAUUUACGUUUGUUACUCUCAUAACAGAAAUACUGAGCCAGGAAUUUCGCGAAACGGAAGUUAUCCCAUCCCGUAUUCAGACUCUUAAGUCAGAAAGAGGGAAAGCUGUCCUUGAUCUACUGAUGGCUUUGACCUGUAGUCCAGAACUUCCGGAAAAAUAUGGAUCUCUUUCCAAGAAAGCUGAUGAAGAGCUGCAUCAACAGUUUGAAGAAUUCACACGUGCAGCAGUUAUGGCCGUGUUUGAACUCUUCCUCAUGGCACAGCAGGCUAAUUGGAACCAUAGUGAGGGUAACUUUUUCAAUAUUUGCUGGAUGGUCCGUGUUCUGGAAGAAAUUAGAACAACAGAGAAGUUUGUGGAGCGAGUCAUCAACCAGAUGAUGGAGCUGCUGUCCCCAUCCAAGCUGGACACGCUGGUGCCGGAGGAGGCGGUGAUGCUGUACCAGCAGUUCUCAAUCAUCUCCAGCUUCCUCGACUACAGCCCCCGCAUCACCAACUUCAUCAGGAACAACUAUGAGGAGGAGUUCAAGUAUUUCAUUCAGGUUCCUGCUGUUGCGAAGAAGCUCCCGUCCCAGUACCCACUGUCGAGCCACACGAUGCAUCUCAUGGAUCAGGUGAUCAACAAAGUGCUGAGUUCGUCUUCAAUCUCCUCCAGCAGACUUACAUGUACAUACACCAGUUAACAAGGCGGCUUUCACCACGAGGUGUAGCUAAUCAUUCUACAGAUGUAUAUAUGCUCACAAUUCAAGCCUGUUAUUUACUUUUGAAAACAAAUUCCAAUAUUAAGAAAUGAAUUAUCAUUGCUUAAUAUUGCGUUUGUUGCAUUAAGCAGAUUAGAAUCCUGAAUUGGGUUUUUAUUCAGUAAAGUUAAAGUUUUGUUUAACACCACUGGAGCAACUUGAUAUUUGGCUAUUGAAUGGCUAAGUUAUUCAGUAAAGCCUUACUCAUACAAGUAUUGUCAACGUCCCUAACUGCGUUAUGCUUGCAACUAUGUUCAGUUUGUUUUCUCGUUUCACGGUUCGCACAAUCAACAUCCAAUUUUUUGUCAUCUGCUUGUCGUUCAUUUGAGAGGUUUUUCUUCACAGUUCAGGAACAUUUUCAUUAACAAUAAAGUUCAGACAAUUAAGUAUCUAAAUACAAAACUUUACAAACCCCUAAAACCA